AUGGCGACGCCAGCGACGCCGCAGAGGCCUAUACCAGGUGGGUUUGCUGCGACACCAGCGGGAGCUGCAACACCAGCAGCAGCGUCGCAACAACCACCGCUGGGACAGACCAUCUUCGCUGCGAAUGCAGCCACUCUGCGCCAACAUGCCCCGACGCAGCAGACGAACAGUGCCCCGACGCAACAGUCGAACGCGCAAACGCGAACGCCCAUCGAGCGCGCGGCUCGGACCAUCAACAACACAUUCGAGCGAGAACAACAGUUUCCAGCGCUAGAAGACUAUGUCCAACAGGGAGUCAGUGGAGAGUAUGAGCAGCCCAAGGCUGGCUCGGCGCUCGAACCUUUUCAGAAGAUGAAGUUGCAUGAUCUUCCACCGAGGCUGCUAGAGCAGGCGAACCGCAGCCAGAUGUCAAUGCUGAUGGGUGUGUUCGCACCCAUUGGCUACGCAUGGGUUGCCUUUGACACAUUUCUGUAUCUCUGGGACUAUAACUCGCCUAAUCCCGAGAUUCUGGGCUUCGAAGAGAAUGAUCGCAACAUCACUGCCGUGCAGAUGGUGCCCCCAAGGCCGGGCGUGUUUGUCGAGGACAUCAAGCAAAUGAUUGUGGUCUGCACCGACUCGGAGAUGCUGUUGCUUGGUGUGGCGAAGACGACUGCGGGAAAUGGUGCGCCGGACGUGGCUCUCUACAAUACCCGCAUGAGUAUACCCAUAAGAGGGCUCUCUGUCGACCUGGUCCGGGCCAGUGCAAACGGCCGAAUCUUCUUCACCGGCAGGAGCUCAGACGACAUUUACGAAUUCCAAUAUCAACAGGAAGAAGGAUGGUUCAGAGGUAAAACAGCACGACUGUGUCAUACCAAGGGCAAUGUUGGCUUUGUCCCGGCCAAGAUAGUAGCCGUGGGAUCGUUCUUCAGCUCAAGUGCUCCCGUACAGCGCAUCACCCAAAUCGUGGUCGACGACUCCCGUGCUCUGCUGUAUACACUUCUCAGUACGAGCGAAAUCAAGGUCUGGCUGAUACGAGACGGCACACUGGAUCAAGCUAUUUCUCGACCAUUCUCAGCACUGCUGCAGAACACGGGCCAUUUCAGCAGUCGCACAGAUCUACUCACUGGUCGAGAUGUGAGGAUACAGGCGAUUAGCGUAUUGCCGAAGGCAGAGACGUCAAAACUGUGUUUAAUGGCAACGACGAGUACCGGCUGCCGAUUGUACUUGUCGCUGACCAGGGGCUAUGGCUAUCCGGCGGACUCAUCAAAUCCACCUACGAGCAUGCAGAUUCUUCACAUUCGAUUUCCGCCCAGAGAUCCAGGCGCAAUCCAGCAGUCUGGUGGUCAAUCACAAGCCCUGGCUCAAACUGGCCAGGCUCACAACCAAGUUGACAAUACGUCCACCCUUCUUACACCCACUAUCAUGGCUCCUCGAUUCUCGCCGGGCUAUUGGUUCGCAAUCCAACAAGAUCCGAACGAUGAGCAUAGGGACCGGGUAUACAUUACCGCGCCAGACUCCGCACGUCUCAAGGGUCCUCAAGGUAAUGGGCCGAUGAACUAUGUCGAGUAUGGCCAGUGGAUUACACUGCCUGCCAUGGCCAACGCUGUCCAAGAGUUGACCGACGCCUUCUCUGCAGCAAAAGAGCCCAGAGGCUUUGGCAACGAGCUGGCCGUACAGUUCGACCAGCCCGCAGCCGAAUUCGCAAUCGUGACAAACACAGGUGUUCAGACUAUCAGGAGAAAGCGUCUCGUAGAUGUAUUCGCGGCUGUCAUGAGAUAUGGGGCGGCGUCCAGCGAUGACGGUAUGGAGGGCGAUGUCAAGCGGUUUGUGCGGACAUAUGGUCGCGCCGAGACUUGUGCUACUGCACUCGCAGUCGCAUGCGGCAAAGGCACUGAUGUCGCCGACAGUCGCGUGGCUACAAUUUCGGAUCCAGAUGUUCUCGAACGAGCACGGAAAGUGUUCAUUGAGCACGGCGGAUCUGCAGAUGUCAACGCCAACGGUGUCGUGGACAAUGUCACCAGCCUCGCCGACAAUGUGAUUCCUAGUCCUCGACACGAUGGCAUCGCGCUCUACAUAUCCAGGCUGAUUCGGUCGAUAUGGAAGGCGCCCAUCAUCAAGUCGAAUCCAUCUCCUGGUCCAAACGGCGCCAAGUUCGUUCCUACAAUUGGUCUAGAGAAGCUGAAGACGAUCCAACGCGAUUUGACGACACUGAGAGACUUUCUGGACCGAAACCGCAGCUUCAUCGAAGGCUUGGCUGGACCAGAUUCAUUGAGAAAUGCCAAGACACGACAGGACGAGAUCGCACUGCAGGGCGAGCAUCAGCACAUGAACAGUCUCGUACAGCUGCUCGAGACGAUCAGUGAGGGAAUCAGCUUUGUAAUUGUUCUUUUUGACGAGCGUGUCGAGGAUAUAUUGGCGCUACUUCAGGACGACAGCAGAGGCAAAGCUCUCCAGCUGACAUUCGAGGAUCUCUUCGUCUCGAGCGUCGGUCACGACCUGGGCAAGGAGCUGGUCAGAGCCAUCGUAAACCGCAACAUCGCCAAUGGUAGCAACGUUGACACAGUUGCCGAGACACUACGACGGCGGUGUGGCAGUUUCUGCAGCGCAGACGACGUGAUUAUCUUCAAGGCGCAGGAACAGGUCAAUCGCGCCAAAGAUGCAGGCGGACAGACAGAACAAGGCCGAGCCUUGCUCAAUGAGAGCCAGCGCCUUUUCCAGAAAUGCGCUGCGAGCCUACAGCUCGAAUAUAUGCGAAAGGCAGUGGAAGACUAUGUCAACAUGGCAUUCUACGCUGGCGCCAUUCAACUAUGUCUGGCUGUCGCCAACGAGAAGGACAAGUCGAAGCGAGCUCUGGCCUGGCUUCGAGACGGCAGACCAAGCGAUGAUACCCGGAUCGCUGCCUACAAUGCCCGUUCAGAAAGCUACAAGUUAAUCUUCUCAGUCAUCCGACAUCUCGAUGACGCCACGGGAAAUGCUCCAGAAGUCGUUGAUGGCAGAUACACUGUCGCUAUGAAGCGUCGCAGCGAGGCAUACGAUGUCAUCAACAGCUCCGACGACAUUGUGUUCCUCACCGACUUGUACGAUUGGUACGUUGGUGUGCGAACGUUUCAAGACGUGCCGCCUUUGGGCCAGCCAGAUCGUGUUCUCGAGAUCAAUAACCCAUACGUCGUCGAAUACCUUCGCAAGCGUAGCCAGGACCACAGACUCCACAACGACCUUCUCUGGCGAUAUUUCGCCCACCACAACGACUACCUGCAAGCAGCUGGUGUACAGCUCGAUCUUGCACGUUCAAGUUUCGAAGAGCUCACACUUUCAGAUCGUAUAGAAUACCUUUCACGCGCACGAACAAAUGCCAGCACUCGACAGACCAUCAUCACAGACUCAAGACAAAGCAAACAACGUCUGCUUCGCGAGAUCUCAGACCUAAUCGACAUUGCCGAAGUCCAGCAAGAACUCCUGGAGCGUAUUAGUGCAGAAUCUCGUGUAGACUCGACUCGGAAAGCGGAGCUGGUACAAGACCUGAAUGGCCAGAUUCGUCCAGUUGAGGUCCUCUUUAACCAAUACGCCGACGCAGCCAGAUACCAUGACAUAUGUAUCCUGCUCUUCAAAGUUGCCGACCACCGCAACCCAGCCGACAUAAAAGCAAGCUGGGAACAACUCAUCAGGGAGACCUCAGGGGAAACGAUCGCUCUUUACGGCCGAGCCAUGCAGUCGUGGGAAGCCGUGGGCGUUGAAGUUCGUCGUCUGGGUCGCCGUCUGGGGCUCAACCCAUCGACUUUUCCGAUUCAGACGCUCCUUCCCAUACUGGAGGCGUAUGCCCAAGAACCUCGAUCUCAGCAGCCCCCCGACUCGUGGGCAAUUGACAUGUUUCUCGAACUGGAAAUCCCCCACGAGACACUUUUGCCAGUCUUGGAGAAUAUGUUUUACGCCAACAUGCAACCGUUCACGGGUGGGAAGAAGAGAAAGCUGGGCGAGAAGAUGGUCUACUUGAUCCAACAAUGGUUCGCCGCGAGCGAGAGAUCCGGUGAACGAGUGCUGUUUGGCUCCGAAGAGAACGCGAGCAUGGUGAUGGAAUGCUUGGGGAGCUUGGGCAGGGACGCGUCGUUGGGUCAAGCUGUCCGAGAUGUCGCAUUGACCAUGGUCAACCAGAUUGAAAAUGCGCUGAAUUGAAGCUGCAAAUGACCAUGGUAACUCAGAUCGAACAUGCGCUGAACUGAAGCCGCACAAAAAAUGAAUGAGAGAAUCCAGUAUGCUGUCGUUGUUACUGUUACUGUUGUUGUAUGUGUAUGUCUACAGCGAGAUCCAUUAGCGUGGCGUUUCGCAUUGCAUCAGGUUGUAAGAGGUAUGAAGAUGAAGAUGAAGAUGAAGAAGAAGACGACGAUGAUGACGAGUGGCGAGUGGUGAAAGAGCUCUUUCAUCAA